AUGAUGACUAUGUCUUUGAUCUGGGGGGUUGUGAUAGCAAUGUGCUGUUGUUUGUGGCUUAUCCUUGGAAUGAGGAGAAGACGAGUGGGUGAACCACCUCUGGAGAAUGGGCUGACUCCAUACCUGGGAUGUGCUCUGCAGUUUGGGGCCAAUCCUCUCGAAUUCCUCAGAGCGAAUCAAAGGAAACAUGGUUCUGUUUUCACCUGCAGACUGAUGGGCAACUACGUCCACUUCAUCACCAAUCCCUUGUCCUACCAGAAAGUGUUGUGUCAUGGAAAAUACUUCGACUGGAAAAAAUUUCAUUUCACUACUUCUGCAAAGGCAUUUGGGCACAAAAGCAUUGACCCGAGUGAUGGAAAUACUACCGACAACAUAAGCAAAGCUUUCGUCAAAACUCUGCAGGGCGACGCCUUGAACGCCCUCACAGAAGCCAUGAUGGAAAACCUCCAACUGAUCAUGAGGCCUCCAGCUGGACCCGAAUCAAAGAUGCCUGCCUGGGCGACGGAGGGGAUGUAUGCCUUCUGCUACCGAGUGAUGUUCGAAGCUGGGUAUUUAACUCUCUUUGGCAGAGAUCUUAUGGGACAAGAUGCACAAAGAGCACUUAUUCUAAAUAAACUUGACAACUUCAAGGAAUUUGACAAAAUCUUUCCAGCCCUGGUAGCAGGCCUCCCCAUCCACGUGUUCAAGUCCGCACACCACGCCCGGGAAAAACUGGCGGAGGGCUUGAGGCACGAGAGCCUGGGGAAGAGAGACCACCUGUCAGAACUGGUCAGGUUUCUGAAUGACUUGCUCUCCACCUUAGAUGACAUGGAAAAGGCCAAGACUCAACUGGCUGUCCUGUGGGCAUCGCAGGCCAACACCAUUCCGGCCACUUUCUGGAGCUUAUUUCAAAUGAUGAGGAGCCCUGAAGCAAUGAAAGCAGCUACUGAGGAAGUGAAUAAAACUCUAGAGAAUGCUGGUCAAAAUGUCAGCUUAGAAGGCAAACCUAUUUGUUUGAAUCAGAUGCAGCUGAAUGACAUGCCGGUACUAGAUAGUAUCAUCAAGGAGUCUCUGAGGCUGUCCAGCGCCUCCCUGAACAUCCGGACGGCUAAAGAGGACUUCACUUUGCACCUCCAGGAUGGUUCCUACAAUAUCCGCAAAGAUGACAUCAUAGCUCUGUACCCUCAGUUAAUGCAUUUAGAUCCGGAAAUCUACCCAGAUCCUUUGACAUUUAAAUAUGAUCGCUAUCUUGAUGAACAUGGGAAGACAAAGACCACCUUCUACAGCAAUGGACUCAAGUUAAAGUAUUACUACAUGCCUUUUGGCUCAGGAGCAACAAUAUGUCCCGGAAGGUUAUUUGCUGUCCAGGAAAUCAAGCAGUUUUUGAUUCUGAUGCUGUCCUAUUUUGAACUACAGUUUGUGGAGGACCAUGUUAAAUGUCCUCCUUUGGACCAGUCCCGGGCAGGCUUGGGUGUUUUACCACCAUUAAACGAUAUCGAGUUUAAAUACAAAUUCAAAUGUUUGUGA